AUGUCGUUUUUAGAGCAUUUGAAUUAUUUGCGAAUUAUUUUCAAAAAGGCGCAGAUGAAAUUCCGCUUGCAUUUAUUUUGGGAUUUUUUGUCAAUGUUAUCAUACAGCGUUGGACAGAUGCUUUCAAGAACAUGGGAUAUUUGGAAAACGGAAAAAGAAAAGCUGGAAGGAUACGAUUUAAAUUUUGAUAAAUACUGGGUACCCAUAAAUUGGUCAUUUGCACUAGUCAUCAAAGCUCGACAGGAGGGACUUAUAUUUGCUGAAAACUAUGCGAUCAAAAUUACAGAUGAAAUACGAAAUUUCCGGAAUAAUCUUCAAACGCUCUGCAACUAUGAUUGGGUUGAGAAUUUGAUACUGUGCUUCCCGAUCAUGACCAUGCUCCAGUACCUAUUUUACGUUGGAUGGAUGAAAGUUGCCGAGGGCCUUUUGAAUCCAUUCGGCGAGGAUGACGAUGAUUUCGAGUGCAAUUAUCUUAUCGAUAAAAAUUUCACGACAGCAAUGUACAUAGUGGAUGAAGCACACCAUGACUUGCCGCCACUUCAGAAGGAUCAGUUUUGGCUGAGGGGGGAAGUUGAGCCGAUGUAUUCCAAGGAUGCUGCUGCACUUCCAAUCAAUCCACUGAUCGGUUCUGCUGUUCGGGCAGCCAGGUGA